GUCGUGAAAAAAACGGCGGCCUGCUUUACGGCAAGAGGCGACGGGGUGGCGGAAGCGAGCGCUGCUGCGCCUGGGAGAGCGACGCUCGCUUUACGGCCGCUCGGCGGAAUGAGCGUCUUCGACCUUUUCCGAGGCUUUUUCGGCUUCCGGAGGCCCCCUGACCCCUUUUGGGGGGCUUUCACCCGGGAUGACGAGGACGAUGAAGACGAUGAGGACGAUUUGGACUUCCAGGAAAAUCACUUUUUCCCCGAUGGCUUCACUUUCGGCUUCACCUUUGAGCCGGGCGGGAUUCACUUCCAUGAUCAGUUUGGCUUCCAGGAGCUCUUCCGGGAUUUUAACAACUUCUUCAACGACAUUGGAACCCGGAGUCUUCCUCCCCCGUCCUUUGAAUUCCCUCGCUUGGAAUGCCACCCGCCGGCCGCCAGCCCUCCUGCUGACAAGGGACAGACCCUCCGCGAUUCGAUGCUGAAAUUCCCAGACAGCCAAAGCCCCGGAGCAGACGAGGGUCCCAAUCACCCAAUUCCGGGGGGGAGACUCUGGGCCCCUUUCCGAGGGUUUCAAGAGAGCCAGCCGGACGCUCCUGAUUUGAAAGAUUCCCGCAAAGAGGAUGGAGAUCUCGACUCUCAAGUGACUUCCAAAGGUUUGCAAGCCAUUCUGCCUCCGGCCCAGCCCCGGUCGUAUUUCAAAAGCGUCUCGGUCACAAAAGUGAUGGCACCGGAUGGGACGGUCGAAGAGCGCCGGACGGUGCGCGACAGCCAGGGCCACGAGGAGACCGUCGUUACUCGGAGCCUGGGGCCCGACGACGGCCUGCCGAGAGGCCCACGAGAUCCGUCCUCUUUCACCUCCGGGCUGGAUGGAGACCUGAGUGACACAAGUUCUAUUCUCAACACCUUUUUCCGCCGCUGGUUCCCGAGCCAAUAAUUCUGCUGGCAGAGAGGCAGGUUUCUAUGCAUUUCCUGCCUCCUGCUCGGUCGUCUUCUUCGUAGCCUGAAAAUAGGACAAAUAAAAAAAAUAUAUAUUUAUGCUU